AAAUGAAGGUGUGUAGCAGCAGAGUUAGAGACUGGCUCCGACCUCCUCUGGUCCACCCAGAGUUUCCCUCUGUGAAAAUCUGCCACCGGGAAUGACUGGCAUCCUGACCAGCUGACGUACUUCAGACAACCGGCGUGUGUUAUUUAUGAAGUCAGGGCUGCCGAGAGGGAGGGACCUUCAUGCGUUGUUGACUAAGAGCGAGCGAAUCACCAAAACAGAAGUUGUGAAGUAAGAAGGAGGGACGAAACGGUGAAACUUCUAGGAUUACAGAGCGAGAGUACCUGCUCGCCGAGAAUAGUGGACUUGUGUUGUGCCCUCCCUGCCGCGGGCCCCGGGACUGGCAGAGGACGGGGCACACGGGACUUGGGGGUACAGGGCAAGAUUAUGGGACAAGGAGCAAGUACUCAGACUUUAAACCCAAAUCUUACCUACAUAACCGAUGAUGAAGUCGAUCAUAGUAUGCCAGAGAGUGAUGAAGCACAUCCAGCAGCAGGAACCCCUUCGGCAAAGGGCAAGGGCAAGUUCUCCAACUUUGGCAAGAUCUUCAAACCUUGGAAGUGGAGAAAGAAGAAAAGCAGUGACAAGUUCAAGGAAACAUCAGAAGUGCUGGAGAGGAAGAUUUCGAUGAGGAAACCUAGGGAGGAGCUGAUAGAGCGAGGGUUACUUAAGGACAUCCCAGAGAAUGAGAGUAAUGACGUGAAUCAUAAAGCUCCACCAGUAAAGAAUGGCCACACUGCUCCGCUACCUGGAGAACGCAGGUCAAACACAGGAUUGGAAGUUAAGGCACCAUCUUCACGAACACACGGAGAAGAACAGAGGAACAGCCUCGCACCGGAACCGGAGCGGCGGAACCGAGCACCUUCAGACGUCAGUCGCAACCGUCAGCCGCUGGACGUGGACGCUCGGACGCGGUUACCACCUGAAGCCGAACGACGCAGCCGACUAGAGUCGGACAUGGAAAGACAUGCGGGAUCGUUACCGAGAGAGAGACCAGGACAAGAGGAGGGACGAUAUCGGCGGGACGACCGAGACGAGAAACGAAGGGAUAGAAAAGAUGACAAGGACAUUAAGCCUGAACGUAGAGAUGAUCGAGACAGACGAGAUAGGAAGCCGGAUAGAGAGGACUCGCACGGAAGAGGUGAGCGAGAUGAACGCGAGAAAGAGAGGAGGAAUGACAGAGAAAAAGACUGGAGGGAAAGCAGGGACAAGAAACCACCACGAGACAGGAAAGAAGAUCAUGAAAGGCGAGAUGAGCCCGAGAGAGAACGUAAGGAGCUGACUGAAAGGAGGGAAGACAGGGAAAGAAGAGAGGAACGGGAUAGACAUGAGGAAAAAGAUCGAAAAGAUGACCGAGAAAGGAGAGAUGUCAGGAGACCAGAACCUAUGAAACAGGUGUCUGAUGGGAUACUAGUCAGGCCUCAGUCGGAACAGGACUUGCGGCACAUUCUUCAGAAGAGCUCGUCUGACAUUGGACCCAAGUUGCGUCCGGUUUCGGAGGCCAUCCAGAGCAGCACGCUGCCACGAUACACACCUGCAGAGGAGGAAUCAAGGGCACGAACAGGAUCACUGGGUGUGCGAUUUCUCCCUGAGCCCAAACCUGCAACUACCUUCACUAAAGAGUCACAGCCACCCAAUAAACAGGCCAUUCUCCCUCCCAAAUGGCUGAUGGCUGCUUCCUCCUCCUCCGAGCUUGCUCCAGUCCCCUCCUCACCCCCUUCCUCUUCCUCAUCAUCAUCAUCGUCAUCUUUAUCAGCAUCGUCGUCCGCUGCUCCUCCCAUUGCUAAACCUCCUCCUCGGACUGUGUCUUUAAAUGUAGACGACUCCUCCCGCACUAAUCCCAUUCCCCCUGUGACAGCGGGAGACUGGGAAGCCCCGCCCACUGUUCCCACCCACUCCACCCCGCCCUCCGUUCCCGCCCACUCCACCCCUGCAGUCCCUAAUGCUGCUCCUAAACAGCCACCAGUGCCCCCACCCAAACCUGUCCAUCACAACAGCAACACUGCACUGCAAGUGUCGACGUUACACAGAUAUUACAAAGCUCCGCCUCCUCAGUAUUGGACAAGCUGGAGACAGCAGGGCAAGUCUGGAGUCUAUCUGUCCCUGCCCACCUACCUCAGCCAAAGGGGCGCUCGGCUCCACCCAGUGGAUCCGUCUCAAGUCCCAGUCAAGCGAUCUCCUCCCAUUCCCCCAAAGAGGAUUACUCCUGUGACCAAACGCCACUCGGACGACUCGUCCGCCAAUCAGCCUGAGGCUCCACCCCCAGGCCCUUCCUCCACCCCAGUUCCAGCCCCUCCUCCUGCCCAAUCAGAUGUCAGCAGAAACUCAAACUCUGAAGCAGUCUCUCCUCCGCCAAGCCAUAUUCCACCAUCCCCUCCUCGCUCCCACCCGCCUCCUGAAGUGGACCCGCCCAGCCCCACCACAGACCCGCCCUCCCAGCUGCCCUUACCUCUGCACAUACGCAUCCAGAGAGCCUUGAACAGCCCAGGCCCGGUCCAGCCCAACCCGGAAGGAUCCCAGCGAGCUCACUCACUUCUCUUUGAAUCACCGCCAGAGUUUCUCGCUGAGGCUCCAGGAGGGGGACGAUUCUCGCUUCCUGUCACUAUCGAACCUCUGCGACUGCCUGAGGAUGAUGAUUUUGACAUUGAAGAAGAGCUGCAGAAGCUGCGUCCAGUCCCUCGGCCCACACGACAGCCGGAGCUGGAGCCACGCAGCCGACGCGGUCUGGUGGGAGACCCUCGGGUCACUGUCAUUCCCGAGGACGCAGGGCCUGGAAACAGUGACGACGAGGACGAGAGCGAUUCUGACGGACCCAUUAAUUACAGAGAUGAUGAUGAGGAAGAUGAUGAGGAGGAGGAUGUUCCCACAAGUGGUCUUGCGAGCCGUGUGAAGCGAAAGGAUACUCUGGCGCUAAAGCUGGAGCGUCAGCAGGAGAAAGAACAGUCCGAGGACCCGGAGAACAUCGCCUGGAACAACAAAGAGCAGUGGGAAGCCGUCCGCAACAAGAUCAGCUCCACCCUCACCAGGAGGUUGAGUCAGAGACCCUCCGCACAAGAACUCGAGCAGAGAAAUAUCCUACUAGCCAAGAACGAAGCGGACCGACGGGCAGAAAGGAGCGAAAUCAAGCGCAGGCUGACCAGAAAGUUGUCACAGAGGCCCACGGUCGCUGAGCUCCAGGCCAGAAAGAUCCUGCGCUUUCAUGAGUAUGUGGAGUGCACUCAUGCUCAAGACUAUGACCGGCGUGCGGACAAACCCUGGACCAAACUUACACCUGCUGACAAGGCGGCCAUUAGAAAAGAGUUGAACGAGUUUAAGAGCUCAGAAAUGGAAGUUCAUCAGGAAAGCAGGAUAUACACCAGGUUUCAUCGGCCAUAAUCUGCAUCGCUCGAGAGGAAACCCUAGACAGAUAAAAGCCUCCAUCUUUCCCAUGAUCCUCCAGCGAAUACCGAUGAGUGCUCAGGCCAGCUGCUCAGUUCUCGAGAGUGAUAAGGAGGAGGAAGUGAUGUGGGUGUGAUGUGCAGGACGCUGGUACACUUUUGGACCGCAGGUUUGAAGUGCCAGCUCUCUGUAGAGUUCCCAUGAUUCCCAUGGCCGGAUCACUUUGUUGGAGUGUUUCAGGGAAGAGAGGACACAGAACUGUGUGAAUUGGGGGUGUUUUAAUAUUCUUUAUGGUACACACAUUUCUGUGAUCAAGAAUAGGCGUGUGUACUCAAACAAUAAUAGGCUACUUUUAUGGAAAUUAUGACACUGGUGAUAAACAUUUUUAGUGGCGAGUGAUUGUGAGAGACUGUGUGUGUGUGUAUGUGUGUUUAUAAAUGCUGUCCACUCAUGCCUUAACACUGGUACACAAUGACUUUUUUAGGCUGACCUUAGAGUAAUACAGAAGAAAGUCUGCGUAUAACACUGUUUCUCACCCUGAACACACAUCAGUGUGUGUGUGUGUGUGUGUGUGUGUUGAUCUGAAAGCUCAUCUUUGACAUUCUCAGGACGUCAGCACACGGGGUCACUUUCAAUGUGCAUUUUACUGUAAAUUACCAUCAUUUUGUGCUUUUUCACACAGAUUAAACCACCCUCUUUAAUAUUAUUUUAACAACACAGCACUUCACUUUAGAUAUUUCAUGUUUAAUCAAACAAAAACUUGCAAUAUUUUACCCCAGAAUCAUAAGAAAAAUACAUUUUUGACAUGAGGAAAAUUAAGCCUCGAAACCAUUAAGGUUUUUAGCAUUGUGAUGUGAUUUUUGUGACAUUUAAGUACGUUUUCCCCCAAAUGUUCUCAUUGUAAUGUGUUGUAACUUUCUUUCUACUUUUUUUUCUCAAUGGUAAAUCUUGUUACUAUAAUAUAUAUUUUGUAUUACAAUGCAAUACUGUAAUUUAAUUUUUUUUUCAUAUUAGCAUGCAUUUAAAACUUUUUUAUCACACUACCAUAAUGGAAACUACAUUUGUUUUCAUAUUACUGAUUUAUUUUUUAUUUUUAUUUUUUUUUCACAAUGCCAAAAAUUUUAAUGUUCUUAAGCUUCAUUUUCUUUAGGAAAAACAUUAUUUCUUUUCUCUUUUUUUAUUGUAUUGUAUUGGGGUGAAAUAUGACAAGUUUCACAAGAUUCAGCUGUAAAUGAUGAUAUAGUUCAUGAACAAUUUAAAACAGAAUGGUUGAUGUUACAUCAUGGAGUCUUUGUGAAAAAUCUUUGACUGGUACGUAAAACUGAAUUAUUUCCCAUGUCCCUGCUGGUUUUGUGGUACACUUGUUUUGUAGGCCACCAAGAGGGCCUGUGCACUGUAUAGAGACAUGCUGUAGAUUGAUUAAAUUGUGUAUCUCGUCUUCCUGACAUCAAACAUUUGUUUUAAUUGUAAUUAUAGUAUUACACUAUCCUGUUUUUAUAAGGUGCAAACAGUAUGGCUACAGGUUAAGUGAUAUAAUAAUCUGAUACAGAACAGCUGUAUUGUUAUUUUUUUAAAUGUAAAGGUAUUUUAAAAAGGUCUUUCAUGUAAUACAUGUACAUUCACUUCACCAUUAAUUAAAAACCCAAACUGUGAGUA